AUGGAGGACUGGGUCUACUAUUCGCUCUCCAUGACCAUUUGCAUUGCCCUGUCCUUCCUUCUCUCCUCCAUCCGGCCAGCCACCGGAAAGCCGGCGGCCAAGCCUUCCCUUCCACCGGGACCAACGGCGCUGUCGCUGCUACUUGGCCCUCUCCUCUUGCUAGCUUGGACAACCUUCAACAUUGAGCCAAUUAUCCGCCUUGCCCGGUCCUGGUACGGCCCCGUCUUCACUAUCUAUCUCCUCCCUUCUUUCCCAGUGAUCUUUGUCGCCGAUGGAGCCACGGCACGCCGUGUCCUGGUGCAGUGCGGCGCAGCGUUCGCUGACCGGCCACCGGUUAACCUUGCCACCCGGAUAUUUAACGGUGAUCAGCGCAGCAUUACCACCGGUACAUAUGGACCCCUCUGGCGCGUGCUCCGGCGUAACCUCAGCGGCAAAGCCCUCCACCCAUCGUCCCUCCGCCGGUAUGCUGCAGCUCGCAGAGCCGCCGUUUCCGGCCUCACUGCCGGCAUCACACAGCAAAUGCACAAUGAAGCAGGGGGUGGCAGGGCAGUAGUCGUUAUCCAAGGACUGCUGCACCACGCCAUUUUCCAUGUUUUUGCCAGGAUGUGUUUCGGCGAGGGACACGGUGAUGGCGUGGUAGCGUCCAUCACGGCGCUGCAGAGGGAGUUCUUGUCGGCGGUGGUCGGCUUUCAGGUGCUAGGUGUGUGCCCGCCGCUCACCAAGCUCGUGUUCCGGCACCGGUGGAAGAAGAUGCUGUCCUUGCGGCGGCGGCAGGAGGAGGUGUUCAUCCCUCUGAUACGUGCACGCCAGGCACGACGCGACGCCAGCGGUGACAACUUCGCUGUGGAUUGCUACGUCGACUCACUCCUCGGCCUCCGUAUCCCUGAGGACGGCGGCAGAAACCUGACGGAGAGCGAGAUGGUGAGCCUGUGCUCCGAGUUCUUGUCCGGGGGACCCGACUCGACGGUCACGGCGCUGCAAUGGACCAUGGCAAACCUCGUUGCGCAACCGGAGAUCCAGGCGAAGCUCCGCGCUGAGAUACGCCACGUGGUCGGCGCGGAGGCACGCAUCCAGGACGAGCACCUGCCGCGCAUGCCCUACCUCCGGGCCGUCGUACUGGAGGGGCUCCGGCGGCACCCGCCCAGUCGCUUCACGCUGCCACGCGCGGCGACCGAGGGUGGCGGCGCGUUGCUCGACGGCUUCAGCGUGCCAAGGCAUGCGUUGGUGAACUUCAUGCUGGGCGGCAUGGCGAUGGACGAGGCUGUGUGGCGAGACCCGAAGCAGUUCCGCCCGGAGCGAUUCCUUCCCGGAGGCGAGGGUGAGGACGUGGACCUGACCGGGAGCAAGGAGAUCAAGAUGAUGCCGUUCGGCGCCGGGCGGAGGAUCUGCCCUGGCAUUGACGUGUCGCUACUCCACCUCGAGUUCUUCGUGGCCAAUCUGGUGAAGGACUUCGAGUGGAGGGAGGUGCCCGGAGAGCCGGUGGAAUUUGGCGAGAGGCUGGAGCUAACCACGGUGAUGCGACGGCCCCUCCGUGCCUUGGUUAUCCCAUGCUGUUAG